AUGACUCUGCAGCCACCUGAUUAUUUUGUGCUCAUGAUAUCUGCGCUAUUAGUCAUAUUUGGAUUUGUCAUUCUUUAUCGCUUGAGCAAGCUUCCGUCGCGCUUGUACGCGAACUGCCUACGGUAUUCCGGAGCAUGUCUUAUUGCAAACGUCAUCAUAAUCUCUUGUUGGGAAUACAUCUACGAGUUUAGAGGGCCUAUUGGGACUAGCAUAUCAAAUUUCCUCAUGAGUAUAGAAGCUCUUUUAUUUAUUGUUGCUCAGCUCGAGUUUCUCAAAAUAUUCACAACGUUUUUCAAGUCUAUUACCCAUGAGCUUGUUUUGCGUGCUCAGAUCUGCAUCGUUGUUAUCAGCCAAAUCUAUGUGUUUAGUGCUUUCUACCCUCUAUACCCUCCCACUAUGCAUUAUCUUCGCACAGUGCAGAUUAUAUGGCCUGCAGUAUUUGGUUUAUACGACUUGUUUCAGCAAGUUUUUUUGAUUUACUUUGUAUUAUACAAAUUACGCAGCACUACAAAGAUAUUUCGUUUGCAGUUUGUGAUACUGGCAUUUACUGGCUUGGUGAUUAUGAUUGGAGGCGCAUAUAUUGAGCUUUGCAUUGGAUAUCAAAUGGGUCCGAGCAUUUCAUUAUUAGGAGGCUUGACAAUGCAUCUUUAUGGCGAAUGUAGUGUUGCAUCAAUGGAGAUAUUACGUAUUGCUCUUCAAGAUUCUAUUGCAAAACGUCCCAAAAAUCAGUAUUUAAAUACUGUGUUGGAUCCUCAGUCAUCGCAAAAAUCUCAAAAAUCUCAAAAACUCCAGAAACCUCAGAAAGCCGUAACAAGUUGA